UUACCCCUGUCUCUGUCUACAGGUCCUUACGGAUAAGCUUCCCAUCCCAACCCUUUCCCAUCCUCAGUCAUAACCUGGUCCUAACUGAAACAGGAUUCAGUCAUCUCAGCUCUGCCCCUGGCCUGGUGGGAUGCAGGCCAUCAUCUUCCCAGCCUGGGGACUGCUGUCCCAUCCUAGUUGCCAGACCCUGUCACAUUCCCACAUCCCUCUGUGCCAACUGGAUCAAGGACUAAUUGUCUUUGUUUUCAGCCCCACAUGCUCUUCCUAGGCUCCUUUGUUUCCCUGAUGGCUUUAUUUCUGGUUUGUGUUAUGAGGGAAUACACUGGAUGGAGAAGGUCCUUGCAGAUGUGGAGUGAGGCCACCUUACCCCUGCCUCCCCAUGUGUCUCCCAUGGACAGGCAAUCAGGGCCCAGGUCAGCAUCCUCACAUCAGAGUGGGGCCAAGCUUCCUGGAAACCUGCUCUCACAGUGCCCUCUCGUGGCUGACAGUCACCUGGAGAAAUGCUAAAUGGCCUGGGAACUGAGGACCUCUGAACUGGCCAGAGAAGGAUGAGGGGCAUUGAAGGCUAACCCUGGGCCGCACCAGCACUGGGUUGAGGGAGUUACGUUUCUCUUGUAUUCAGCUUUAUAGAGUGUGAGGUAAUCUCACAGCUGAGCAGUUCAUUUCUGCAAUUAUGUUUUAAAACCUCUUAACUGUACUGACCCUUGAGUGUCACUACUGCCUCCCUGUUCCCCUGAGGAAUGACCUGACCAGAUCACCUGACUGGAAAAAUCCAAGACACUCCUGCAAUAAAGCAGAAUUUCUUCACUGCCUUGGAUUAUGGAAAGAUUUUUUUAGCCAACACAGAAAAACAUUUUUUAGUGCCAUGUCUUGAAAGUCUUCACCAAGCUCUAGAUCUGGAAGAUUAUCUCCUGUAUUUUCUCAUAAUAAUCGCAAACUAAAAACUAACCAAAAUAUCCCUCAGUGGAUGAGUAGUUAAACAAACUGAUACAAUCACGCCAAGAUUGAGCAAUAAAAAAAAGCAUUAUUGGUACAUGAACAGAUUUGAUGACUCUAAAGGACAUUGGGCUAAGUGAAAAAGGAUUCUCAAAAGGUUGCAUACUGUAUGAUCCUGUUUAUGAAUAAUUCUUCUAAGGAAAAAUUAUAAAAUAGAUCCGUGAUUACCAGACUUUAGAGCUGGUGAGAGGGAGGGUGGCAUGAGCACAAAGCAUUGCCCCAGGGAGAUCUUUGUGGUGAUGGAAUCAUUCUGUAGCUUGAUGGUAAUGCAAAUCUACACGUGACGAAAUGUCAUAGAAUAGCACACAUCACGUCUAUGUCAAGUUUCCUGAUUUUGAUGUUUGUAGAAUGUAAAAUGUAAACAUUAAGGGAAGCUGGAAAAAGGAUAACAGAACCUCUUCGCAAUUUCCUAUGAAUCCAUAAUUAUUUGAAAAAAAUUAAAUGUUCAGAGUCGGCACGGGAGCGGCCGGCGUGCCCGUUCGCGUAUGUUGGGCGCUGCCGCGAGGCGGGGACACGAAAGGACAGCGGCUGUACGGGUUUUAGGGCGGCGGCUGCCACAGCAGCAGCAGCAGCGCCCCGGGCGGAGAGGGCCGAAGCGACCGAACGAGCUGGGGAUGGGGAGCACUGGGUGCCGCACCUCUUUCGGGUGCGUGUGCGACUUCGGGGUCGCACAGUGACGGCCACGGCGCCCCUGGCCCGGCAUUGCCGAGGCUGCUUCGCCAGAGAGCUCGCGGCCGGCGGCAGGCCGGGCCAUGAGGAGGAGCGUCGGGGGCCGGGCCAGGCCUCGCUGACCUCGGCUCCGCGCGGCGGCCUCCCCCAUUUCCGCUCCGGCCUUACGGCAUGAGUGUCCGCCCGGGCCCGGGGCCGCGGCUGCCCCAGUCCCGCAGCCCGCGGGCGCGCUCGGUGUUCGCAGGCCCGCGGUGCUGAUCCCGGUUCGCCGCGCCGCCUGCCCGCCCGCUGUAUGCCCCGGGGGCGCGGCCAUGGAGGUGGUGGGCGACUUCGAGUACAGCAAGAGGGACCUCGUGGGACAGGGGGCCUUCGCCGUGGUCUUCCGGGGGCGGCACCGCCAGGAACUUCAGCACGAAAAUAUUGUAGCACUCUAUGAUGUUCAGGAAUUGCCCAACUCUGUCUUCCUGGUGAUGGAGUAUUGCAAUGGUGGAGACCUGGCAGAUUAUUUGCAAGCUAAAGGAACUCUCAGUGAAGAUACUAUUAGGGUGUUUCUACAACAGAUUGCAGCUGCCAUGCGAAUCCUGCACAGCAAAGGAAUAAUCCACAGAGAUCUCAAACCGCAGAACAUUUUGUUGUCUUAUGCCAAUCGCAGAAAGUCAAGUGUCUGUGGUAUUCGCAUCAAAAUAGCGGAUUUUGGUUUUGCUCGUUAUCUACACAGUAAUAUGAUGGCUGCAACAUUGUGUGGAUCUCCGAUGUACAUGGCUCCUGAAGUUAUUAUGUCUCAACAUUAUGAUGCUAAGGCUGACUUGUGGAGCAUAGGAACAGUGAUAUAUCAAUGCCUAGUUGGAAAACCACCUUUUUAGGCCAAUAGUCCUCAAGACCUAAGGAUGUUUUAUGAAAAAAACAGGAGCUUAAUGGCUAGUAUUCCUAGAGAAACUUCACCUUAUUUGGCUAAUCUCCUUUUGGGUUUGCUUCAGAGAAACCAAAAAGACAGAAUGGACUUUGAAGCAUUUUUUAGCCAUCCUUUUCUAGAGCAAGUUCCAGUAAAAAAAUCUUGCCCAGUCCCAGUGCCUGUGUAUGCUGGCUCUAUCCCUGGAAACUCCUGUGGCAGUUCUCCAUCUUGUCGCUUUGCUUCUCCACCAUCCCUUCCAGAUAUGCAGCAUAUUCAGGAAGAGAACUUAUCCUCCCCACCAUUGGGUCCUCCCAACUAUCUACAAGUGUCCAAAGAUUCUGCCAGUACUAGUAGCAAGAACUCUUCUUGUGACAUGGAUGACUUUGUUUUGGUACCACACAACAUCUCGUCAGACCACUCUGAUAUGCCAAUGGGAACUCCUGGCAGACGUGCUUCAAAUGAGUUCUUGGUGUGUGGAGGGCAGUGUCAACCAACUGUGUCACCUCACAGUGAAACAGCCCCAAUUCCAGUUCCUACUCAAAUAAGGAAUUAUCAGCGCAUUGAACAGAAUCUUACAUCUACUGCCAGCUCUGGCACAAAUCCACAUGGUUCUCCAAGAUCUGCAGUGGUACGAAGGUCUAACACCAGCCCCAUGGGCUUUCUCCGGCUGGGAUCUGGCUCUCCUGCACCAGCAGACACAGUUCAGACAGUUGGACGAAGACUCUCUAUUGGGUCUUCUAGGCCUUAUUCACCUUCCCCUUUGGGUUCUCCAGUGCCACAGGCUCAGUCACCACAGUCUCUCUUAUUGGGUGCUAGACUACAGAGCGCAGCUACCCUUACUGACAUCUAUCAGAACAAACAGAAGCUAAGAAAAUAGCACUCUGACCCUGUGUGCCCAUCUCAUGCUGGGGCUGGAUACAGCUACUCACCUCAGCCCAGUCGGCCUAGCAGCCUUGGAACCUCUCCCACCAAGCACAUAGGAUCCUCUCCACGGAGUUCCGAUUGGUUCUUUAAAACUCCUUUACCAACAAUCAUUGGUUCUCCUACUAAGACCACAGCUCCUUUCAAAAUCCCUAAAACACAAGCGUCUUCCAACCCGUUAGCUUUGGUUACUCGUCAUGGGCCUGCUGAAAGGCAGUCCAAAGAUGGGAAUGACCCACAGGAAUGUUCCCAUUGCCUUUUGGUACAAGGAAGGGAGAGGCAUCGAUUUGAACAACAGAACAAAGCAGUGUUUGGCAGAUCUGUCAGUACUGGGAAGUUAUCAGAUCAACAAGUAAAGGCAUCUUUAGGUGGACACCAGGGCAGCACUGAUAGUUUAAAUACAGAACGACCGAUGGAUAUAGCUCCUGCAGGAGCCUGUGGUGUUGUACUGGCACCACCAGCAGGAACCACUGCAAGUUCCAGGGCUGUCCUCUUCACUGUGGGGUCUCCUCCACACAGCGCCACAGCCCCCACUUGUACUCAUAUGGUUCUUCGAACAAGAACCACCUCAGUGGGGUCCAGCAGCUCAGGAGGCUCUCUGUGCUCUGCUAGUGGCCGAGUGUGUGUGGGCUCCCCACCUGGCCCGGGCUUGGGCUCUUCCCCGCCAGGAGCAGAGGCAGCUCCCAGCCUGAGAUACGUGCCUUAUGGUGCUUCACCCCCCAGCCUAGAGGGGCUCAUCACUUUUGAAGCCCCCAAACUGCCAGAGGAGACACUGAUGGAGCGAGAACACACUGACAGCUUACGCCAUCUGAAUGUGAUGCUGAUGUUCACGGAGUGUGUGCUGGACCUGACAGCUGUGAGGGGGGGGAACCCUGAGCUGUGCACAUCUGCUGUGUCCUUGUACCAGAUUCAGGAGAGUGUGGUUGUGGACCAGAUCAGCCAGCUGAGCAAAGACUGGGGGCCGGUAGAACAGCUGGUGUUAUAUAUGAAAGCAGCACAGCUGCUUGCAGCUUCCCUGCAUCUCGCCAAAGCUCAGAUCAAGUCCGGGAAGCUGAGUCCAUCCACGGCUGUGAAACAAGUUGUCAAAAGUCUGAAUGAGCGAUACAAAUUCUGCAUCACCAUGUGCAAAAAACUUACAGAAAAGCUGACUCGCUUCUUCUCUGACAAACAGAGGUUUAUUGAUGAAAUCAACAGUGUAACUGCAGAGAAACUCAUCUAUAAUUGUGCUGUGGAAAUGGUUCAGUCUGCAGCCCUGGAUGAGAUGUUUCAGCAAACUGAGGAUAUUGUUUAUCGCUACCAUAAGGCAGCCCUUCUCUUGGAAGGCCUAACUAAGAUUCUACAGGACCCUGCAGACAUUGAGAAUGUACAUAAAUAUAAGUCUAGUAUUGAAAGAAGAUUGUCGGCACUCUGCUGUAGCACUGCGACUGUGUGAGCAGCAGGCUUGUCCAUGGACCAUUGUGGGAGCAUGAGGUGAUAAGUUUGGGAUUACAGCUUGGUUCUGUCACCCAUCCCCAGGAAACUAGUUUAACUGGUGACUACCAAAGAACAAGCAGCAAUUUCAAAAAGGAGAAACAAUCCAAAACUACGUUUGUAGAAAAUCUGCCUUACUGGAGAAGACACUCCCUUUUCCCCUUUUCUUUGUAGAAGGAGAAGAAAGAGUGUUCCACUUUGCUCCCUGUUUGAACUUGGUAAAUAAACGUACCUUAGAACUAGAAUUAUCAUUUAUUCUUAUGAAUAAUUAAAACAUGAAAUAAGGCAAGUGGCACUUCACUCAGUUCACAGAACAAUGUAUGAAAUGCCAUAUGUUUGCUGAGGUGUAUACAAGCAAAAGAAUCUACAUCUCCUCAGGCAGUUUGAUGUUUGGGGUGAGUUUGUCUGAACCUGAGCGUGCAUCUUUCAACAGCUCAGGAAGAAAUAGUUUAAGAAGAAGCAAAAGAUGGCUCUAGGAAGAAAUUUUGAAAUCUUCAAUUUGAUCUAGUAUGGACACGUUAAUUCUUCCAAAAUCUUUCAUGUUGCACUAAUUUAUUAAAACAACUGUGUAUUAUUGGAUUUUGCAAUUUAAAACUGAGAUACAAUGGACUUGUUUAAAGUAUUUUACUUCAUUAUAUACAUAUACCCUUUCCAGAAUUCACAUGUAAUCUCUAUUGAACUUUUAAAUGGUCAAAACUUGUGUUCAUGUGAACCUUUGCAUUUUUUUUAGUUGUUUAUUUACACCUCAGAUCUUCUUAGUAAUAUUUUGAGUUGCUGGUAUUUACUUUGCAUUUUUCCUUGUGCAUGCAAAAUGUGCAUUGAUGCCUGCCACUUAGGUUUAUUAAAGGAUAGGUUUAUUUGGACAGUAUUAGAAAAACUAUCAUGAAUCAAGAGCUACUCUUGAGAAUUUUCAUAGGGCCAAAACAAAGUUGGUGAUCAAAGGCUUGUUAGUGAUGUGGAGUUUCUACAUGAAGUUAGUGAAAAAUUAGGUUUGUUUUCUCUUAGGAAAAUGGGCAGCUCUCUCCAGCCUAAUGUGUAUUUUUAAUGUUAAUCCUGACAGUUCACCAAAUAGCUCAUAAUGAAAAAGCAGGCAGUUAACAUCCCUUUAGGAAUGGUUCCUACAUUGUAUAUUAUUUGGUUUCCUUUACUUACCUGCUUGAAUACUUGAAUAAACUGUUCACCAGUUUUAAUCCUAUUAUUUUAAGCCUUUUACAUAAAAUACUCUGAACUGACAGUUGUGCAGAAGCUCUUUGGCAUUAUUCUAAUUUUAAUGUACUGAUAAAAACAAAUAAACAUGGUUUUCUUUUACUUUGACAAAGUAAUGUAAUUUCUACCUAAUUUAUCUGUAUGAAAUUCCAGCAGUUAAUUUGAACAUUUAUUUAUAUAAUGUUUGUAUUUUUAGGUCUUUAAUACAGUGUUUCUACCUCUCAUUUGUAAACUGCAUGCAUUAUUCUUGAAACUAGUUAAAACUUACUGAAUCAUUGUGUAAUAGCCUUUUUAUUAUUGCCUAUACAAAUGUAUAUUAAGGUAAAAUAAAACUGACAAUGUUUCUAGGUUACAGUUGGGUCCAUAUUAAGUGACAUGUCAAGGCAGAUACUUCCUUAUUCUGGGGACUUGGUCAUUAAGGUCCUUUGUCACAUCCCAGGAUUUAAGAUUCUUGGUGACUGUCAUUCAGGCUUCCAUAAACUGAUGAUCCCUUCUCCUCCUUGCUUAUUGGUACUGUCUUUUGUAUAAUUUUUUAGAGUUAACAGUGCAAUUUCGUCCAUGUUCUCUCCUCUAUUAUCUCAAAUGAUCCUCUACGUGGGUGGGUAGGUUUAUUCUGCCCCCUUUCUAACUUUUUUUAAACACAGGAUGAAACAGGUUCAAAGAGGGUAAGUGAUUGGUCUAAAGUCAGAAAUGAGGAAAGUGGUCAAGCCAUGCUUUGUAACUUCAAGUUCUUUCUUCAUCUUGUGUAGUCAAGGUCUUGUUAUUGUUGGUGUGUGUGAAACAGUGAAGUCUCAACAACAGAGCAAACUGUAAAUUUAUGAGUAACGAUUCUGAUUAUACUUCCAUUAUCAAGGCUGAUCGUUUUAAGAGAUUUUUGCCUUGAUUAUAGCAAUAAUAAACAAGUGCUUUAUGUUUCCAUGAAAAAAACAAACAAAAAAAAUUAAAUGUUCAUAAAAAUGAAAAAAGUUAAAAGCAAAAUAAGUAAUGCAAAUGUUUGAUAAAACUCAAAAAGUACAAAAUGGCAAAUGGUAAAAUUAUAUAUCUAUACCACUCCAGAAUUCUAUCCAAAAUCUCUCCAAAAACUUUCACAAUUUAUAUUUCUUGUAUAUACUUCCAAAACUUCUGUUAAGAAAGUGUGGAUAUAUGUGUUUUUCCCCACUUUUCCAGCUUUGAUCUUAUACUAGUUUAAAAUAACCUAGAAAAUAAGUCAAUACUUCUUUUCAUAGCAGCGAAAAUUUUCUUGUGAAUAUGCCACACUUUACUGACUUCUCUGUUCACUUUGGCUGUUUUUGCUCAUUUGCUAUUGUAAAUCACAUUUCAUUAAAUAUCAUUCAACUUCAUACAGUACAGUCAUAGGAGAGACUCCUAAAAUACAGUUUGUAGUUAAAAUGGCAUGUGAAUUGUAGCUAAGAAAAAUUUUGCCUAAUUGCAACCCAAAUAACAUUCCAAAUAACAAUAAAGUACCAAUUUUCUAACCUUUUUGCUAACAAGAGUAAACUUAGAAAAUUUGAUCAUCACGAAUCUGGUGAGUAAAAUAAAAUGAUUCAAUGUUUUAGUUUAUCUUCCUAUGAUGACAAGUGAAAUUUUAAACAUUUUCAUUUAUUUAAAAGUCUUUUGCAUUUGUUUUCCUAUGAAUUGUGGAUUCUGAUCCCUCCACUUGGCAGAGUUCAGUGAACCUGCCAUGUCCAAGUCAACUCGCUCUCACACCACAGGAAUGGAAUACAACAACUGCUUAUCCACUCAUCAGUUCACAUUGGGUUGCUUCUACCUUAACUAUGAUGAAUAAUGCUGCUACCAAAUAUGCCUGUGGCAUAUUAUGUGUGGACAAAUGUUUUUGAUUAUCCUGGGUAUGGACCCAGAAAUGGGUCUGCUGAGACACGUGGUAUUUCUACACUUAACUUUUGAAAUGCCAGACUGUUUUCCACAGUGACUACACCAUUUUACAUUCACACCUGCAAUGCAUAAGCUUUCCACCUUUUCCAUAUCCUCACAAACACUUGUUAUUCUCUGUCUUUUUUAUUAAAACCACACUACUGUCUGUGUGGUGAUAUCUUCUUGGGGUUUCAUUUGCAUUUUCCUAAUGACUAAUGAUGGUGAGAACCUUUUCA